GCUUUGAUAUUAUAAAAUUAUAAUAAUUGAAAUAAUAUUCUCUAGAGGUAAGGUGCAGUCAAUGAAUUCAUGAUAAAUUUCUGAACGAAAUAAACUAACCUCAAAAAAAGAAGUUUGAAUUUAUGAUUCACGAAAGACCGAAAACAAACAGUACGUAAAUAUUUAUUUUGUACCCGGGUAUUAAGGUAUUUACAGUUUUUUUAAAUAAUGGCAUCGAAAGAAGGAGGUGACAAAGGCAAGUCGGGUCAAAAUUCUGGUGAUAAUAAAGAGAAGCGAAGGAAAGAAUCCAUUCUAGACCUCAGCAAAUACUUAGAAAAGAGUAUUCGUGUAAAGUUUGCCGGAGGAAGGGAAGCAGCGGGAAUCUUGAAAGGUUAUGAUCCCCUCCUGAAUCUUGUAUUGGAUAAUACUACAGAAUUCCUACGAGACCCUGAUGACCCCUACAAGUUAUUAGACGACACAAGAGCAUUAGGAUUAGUGGUGUGCCGAGGGACAUCAGUUGUAUUAAUAUGUCCUAUGGAUGGUAUGGAAGCAAUACCAAAUCCAUUUAUCACCCAGGAAGGAUGAAUUUUGACUUGUUUGUGUUAAGGUCUAUGUAAUAAUUAAGUUUCUUUUAUAAUGUAUAAAGCAUAAGAACCAAUU